AUGAGUCGAAAUCAAAUAGGAUCUGAACCAGUUACAUCGGAUUCUCAACAAACAUCAACUGAUCGACCAACAUUGUUAAGCAAAUGUUUAAAAAAAAAGAAAUUAUUAUGGAUCGUUAUUUUUAUUAUCAUUGUUAUUUUGGUCGUAACUAUUACAACUGUGAUUAUUAAAACAAAAAAAACAAACAAAAUAAAACUAUCAACUGUGGCGACAGAAACAACAGAUGAAACAGCUCAUGAGUUUACAAUUACAGUCGACAACCCGACGACACAAGUACAAAACAAGCCAAAAUAUAACAAAUGGAAUGAAUAUGGAAUUACUAUUGCUGGAGGAAAUGGACAUGGAGAUCACUUAAAUCAACUCUUGAAUCCUGAUGGGAUCUAUAUCGAUGAUAACAAAGCCAUUUUGAUUACUGACAAUACAAAUAAUCGUAUUGUUGAAUGGAAAUAUAAUGCAAUGGAAGGAGAAGUCAUUGCAGGUGGACAUGGGGCAGGACAUAGUCAAAAUCAACUCUAUUUUCCAGCCGACGUAAUUGUUGAUAAAGAAAAGAAUGCGAUAAUCAUAUGUGAUUUUAUGAACGGACGAGUCAUGCGAUGGUUCCGUCAAAGUCAAACAAAUCCAGAAAUUUUGAUUUCUAAUAUUCAGUGCAAAGGUUUGGCAAUAGACAAAGAUAGGUCUAUUUAUGUUUCUGAUUUUGUAAGGUGUGAAGUAACUCGAUGGAAAGAAGGUGACACAGUUGGAACAGUAGUUGCAGGUGGAAAUGAUAAUGGAGAUGGUCUUAAUCAAUUUAGUUGGCCUAUGAAAAUCUUCGUCGAUAAAGAUUAUUCUGUUUAUGUAUCAGACUGGGGAAAUCAUCGUAUAAUGAAAUGGGAAAAAGAUGCAAAAGAAGGAAUUGUUGUUGCUGGCGGAAAUGAACGAGGAGAUGAUCUCAACCAAUUAAAUUAUCCUGAUGGACUGAUUGUUGAUACUUUAGGUCAAAUCUACAUUGCCGACUCUUAUAAUUAUCGAGUUAUGCUUUGGUUUGAAGGAGAUACAAAUGGUUCAAUUGUUGUGGGUGGAAAUGGUCGAGGAGACGAAUCAAAUCAAUUAGAUAAUCCCACAGAUUUAUCAUUUGAUGUUGAAGGAAGUCUUUAUGUUUCCGAUGGUAGUAAUCAUCGAAUUCAAAAAUAUGAACAAUGUACUGAAUAA